AAAAAGGGGAAAAGGAAGAAAACGAGCCUUCACUGCAAGGACUGGUGAGAAACUGGAAAUGGCGGAGGCGACGAGCUCGAGCUCGGGCACGUAGCUCACGCGCAGCUCCUCGCCGUCGCCGCGCUUGCCGGAAACUACGCCGCCGCAGCCGCCGCCGGAGACCACCAGCUCUCCCGCGCGGCGGCUCCGCGGCUCCGGCCCUCUCCCCUUCCCGCUAGGGUUUUCUCCGAUCCCCAAUCACUGUUAGUUCACAAAUGGCUUCAUCACAGCAUGUUGAGGUGGAGGCUGCAAAACUCCUUCAUAAACUUAUUCAGGAGUCGAAGGAUGAGCCUGCUAAAUUGGCAACAAAACUUUAUGUGAUAUGCCAACAUAUGAAACUAAGUGGAAAGGAGCAGUCACUGCCAUAUCAGGUCAUAUCAAGGGCUAUGGAGACAGUUGUAAACCAACAUGGAAUUGAUAUGGAUGCACUGCGUUCAUCGCGAAUUCCAUUUGCUGGUGGCCCACAGGCAGGGGAUUCUAGUGGUGCUAUGUCAAAGGACAAGGAGAUCAUUGGUAGCCAGUCCCCCAUGGUUGGAAGUGAUGCAUCCCAAAGUAGUGGGCAAGCUGGAUUAUGGCAGUUUCCAUCAGGUUCAACAGAUAUAACAAGGCAUGGGGCAUCUAUUUCGGGCAGGGUACUUGCAGGGCCAAAUAGAGGUGAUGUCGCAGCAGCUGAUAUUCAUCAAGGCUCCAUGUCGCAAAAGAGCGGUAGGUCCUCUGGUAUGGAAAGUCCUGCAAGUUUGCAGAUGGAGGACACCAGAUCUAUGAAUUCACAUGAUUCUUUGAAAUCCGAUGAAAAAACAAGCAAGAAAACUGCUUCCAAGAGAAAACGGAUGGAUUCAAAAGCAGCUGGGGAUUUGCAUUCUGAAGACAACUCAAAGUCAGAUGGUGUCUCCACUGGACACAAUACUAGAAAGGGGAAACAAGUUGGCAAAGCUGGUAGACAAGGUCAGCCUUCCAUGGGAGUUGAGCAUGAGCAAUCACAUACCGUGCAAAGUGGUACUGCUCAGGUGCCACCGUCACAUGGUGCUGCACCUUUUCUCAGGGCUCACCCAGAAGGUCCAUUGACUUCUUCUGGGAGGACUAUUGACAAGACUAAACCAUCAAAUCCAUUCACAAUGGCUCAAAUUUCAAAUUUUCCUGAAGGACUAGCUUCUGGUGGUGUCCCUGUUGAGUUGCAGAAAAGUAUACUGGGUGGUGCAAAUUUAUUUAAUGCUGGUUUUGGUUGGAGCCAAAAUCCACAAGUUCCAAUUACGAAGAAUUCUCAAGGGUCUAUUCCCAAUUUAGUGAGGCCUGGAGUUAAUGUCGAAGGGAAAGUUAAUGUAGGGUCGCAAGGAGCUUUUAACUCUACUUCCGCACCACAUAUGGAAUUUUCCGCAAUUCCUCCUUACAAUUCUUCUUCCUUUGGAGGUAGCUCACAGUUUCUGGACAAGGGCAAGGAACUGGCUUCCGGCAGUAUUGGCACUGAACCCCAUUCUGCAGCUAAAGUUGCAUCUCAGUCUGGGAUUUCCCAUGUAAGGCCUUUGGUAAGUCCAAUACAAGAAAGGCAAGGUAUUAUCCGAGCAUCACAGAGGGCCGAUGCAUCUUUCCAAGAAGGCAGAUUGUCUUCACUUCCCAAUAGAAAUAGUGGGCCAAGUCAAAUGUCUCACACCGCUCCCAACGUGCUAUUCAAAGAACAGCAGCUGAAACAGCUCAGAGCACAGUGUUUAGUAUUUCUUGCAUUUAGAAAUAAUUUGCAGCCCAGGAAGGUGCAUCUUGAAAUUGCCUUAGGUCGAGGGCCUCCUGCGGAAGGUGACGGUGCAGGUCAGAGAGGUAAUGAGAACAGAGUGGCUGAUGGUUUGGGAAAGGAAAAUGGAAGCAGUCGGGAAAACUCUGCUAUUUUUUGUAGGCAAAGUGAUAUUUCUAGACUUCCUUCCACAUCUUCAGGAAGUAUUGCAGAGGUUGUUUCCUUUUCAAAGGACCUAGAAAAUGCCAAAAAGAAGAUCAAGGUAGCUGAACACGAGAAGUCAUUGAUGGAAGUAGAAAAUAUCCAGCGAACUAGUUCUGAAAUGCAUUCCCAAGAAACCACAUCUCCCAUGCCAUCUGGACCACAGCAUUCAUACUUUCAGGGAGAUACAAGAAGAAUUGCCCCCGAUAUCCAUAGGACUGAUGCUGAAAAUAUGAAUCGAAGUUUAAAUUGGGGAGGCCAGGGACCGACUGCUUUGGGUAGUAAUAGACAACAUUUGAAUCUGGAAGCUGCCUUUUCGACCAAAGGUCAGCUUCAAGAUGAAGCGUCUAAAGAAUUACUUGCACCUUCAAGGUCACACCAUAUGCCUGUUGAUGGUUACAACUCCAAUUUAACAGGAGUAGAUCAAACUCCAGAGACAGCUGGAGCUGGUAAUGAUGUUGAAAAUUGUAGCCAUUUAGCCGAGAUUAUGCGCGAUCAGCCUGCUGCUGAAGGAGAUGAGGAUCUCUCUGAGCAUGAUGAUUUGCAGUCAUCUCCUCCAAAGUUCACAAUGACAGAGAAAUGGAUCUUGGAUUAUCAGAAGAGAAGAUACAAUGAAAAUAAAAAAAGGGCUUUGAAGCAUCAUAAAGCACAUAGCAGAAUUUCAGGGUCCUAUGAGAAGCUAAAGGAAAAUGUUAAUUCAUCUGAAGAUCUUUCUGCAAAGACAAAGAGUGUCAUUGAAUUGAAAAAGCUUCAACUUCUCCCUCUUCAACGUCGUGUGCGCAGUGAAUUUUUAUUAGACUUUUUCAAGCCUAAUACAGCUGACUUGGAGCGCAUAAAAGCUGUGAAGAAACAUAGGCAUGGACGGCGUGUGAAACAGCUUGAAAAAAUUGAACAGAAAAUGAAGGAGGAAAGGCAAAAGAGAAUUCGUGAGAGGCAGAAGGAGUUUUUUGCUGAUAUAGAGGCUCACAGAGAGAAACUUGAGGACGGCUUCAAGGUUAAGAGAGAACGCGUGAAGGGUUUCAAUCGAUACAUAAAAGAAUUUCACAAGAGGAAAGAACGAAUUCAUCGGGAGAAGCUGGAUAGGAUCCAGCGAGAGAAGAUCAACCUGCUUAAGAACAAUGAUGUUGAGGGAUAUCUUAGGAUGGUCCAGGAUGCAAAAUCUGACCGUGUUAAGCAACUAUUGCGAGAGACUGAGAAAUAUCUACAGAAACUCGGGGGCAAAUUACAGAAUGCAAAGUCCACAGAUGGCCGUGCAUCUUAUAUUUCUGAUAGAAGUGACACUGCAAACGAUAUUGAAGAUGAGAUCUACCAGCCACAGCAUUAUCUAGAAAGUAAUGAAAAAUACUAUCAACUGGCCCACAGUGUAAAGGAGAUUGUAAAUGACCAGCCUUCUUAUCUUCAGGGUGGCAAAUUGCGAGAGUACCAGAUGAAUGGUUUGCGUUGGCUUGUUUCAUUGUACAAUAAUAAUUUGAAUGGAAUUUUAGCAGAUGAGAUGGGUCUUGGUAAAACAGUACAAGUAAUCUCUCUGUUGUGCUACCUUAUGGAAACAAAAAAUGACCGGGGACCUUUUCUCGUGGUUGUACCAUCAUCCGUACUUCCUGGAUGGGUGACUGAACUCAAUUUCUGGGCACCUAGUAUAAAUAAAAUUGCUUAUGCUGGUCCUCCAGAAGAAAGGCGCAGAUUGUUCAAAGAGAUGAUUGUUCAUCAGAAGUUCAAUGUUCUAUUGACAACAUACGAGUACCUGAUGAACAAGCAUGAUAGGCCAAAACUAAGCAAAAUACAAUGGCACUAUAUAAUAAUUGAUGAAGGGCAUCGUAUAAAGAAUGCAUCUUGUAAGCUCAAUGCUGAUCUGAAGCUUUAUCGGAGCUUUCAUCGGCUAUUAUUGACAGGAACUCCUUUGCAGAACAAUCUCGAGGAGCUGUGGGCACUUUUGAAUUUCCUGUUGCCUAGUAUAUUUAAUUCAUCAGAAGACUUCUCUCAGUGGUUUAACAAACCAUUUGAAAGUAAUGGUGAUAAUUCAACUGAUGAGGCCUUACUUUCAGAGGAGGAAAACUUGCUGAUCAUUAAUCGUCUUCAUCAGGUUCUUCGGCCCUUUGUACUCCGGAGACUUAAGCAUAAGGUUGAAAAUGAACUGCCUGAGAAGAUCGAAAGACUUGUAAGAUGUGAGGCAUCUUCUUAUCAGAAACUUCUCAUGACAAGAGUGGAAGAAAAUCUUGGUGGAAUUGGAGCAGUUAAGGUUCGUUCUGUGCACAAUUCUGUUAUGGAAUUGAGAAAUAUAUGUAACCAUCCGUACCUUAGCCAUCUUCAUGUUGAAGAGAUCGAAGGUUAUUUGCCUAAACAUUAUCUGCCAUCUAUUGUGAGACUGUGUGGAAAACUUGAGAUGUUGGACAGAUUGCUACCCAAACUCAAAGCUACUGGGCAUAGGGUUCUACUUUUCUCUACAAUGACAAGAUUGCUUGAUGUAAUGGAAGAUUAUCUGAUAUGGAAAAAGUAUAAGUACCUUCGAUUGGAUGGGCACACUUCUGGCCAUGAGAGAGGAGCUCUCAUUGAUAAAUUUAACGAUCCUAAUUCUCCAGCUUUCAUUUUUCUGCUUAGUAUACGAGCUGGAGGUGUUGGUGUCAAUCUCCAAGCAGCUGAUACUGUUAUCAUAUUUGAUACUGAUUGGAAUCCUCAGGUUGAUCUGCAAGCGCAGGCUAGAGCCCACAGAAUUGGUCAAAAGAAGGAGGUUCUUGUUUUGCGUUUAGAAACGGUCCGAACUGUAGAAGAGCAAGUCAGGGCUUCAGCAGAACACAAAUUAGGUGUUGCUAAUCAGAGUAUAACUGCUGGAUUUUUUGACAAUAACACAAGUGCUGAAGAUCGAAGGGAGUAUCUUGAAUCACUCCUACGCGAGUGUAAGAAGGAAGAAGCGGCUCCAGUGUUAGAUGAUGACGCUCUGAAUUAUCUUCUUGCUCGAAGCGAAGCUGAGAUUGACAUAUUCGAAUCCAUUGACAAGCGAAGGCGAGAGGAAGAAAUGGUGGCUUGGCAAAAGGUUGUUCAUGAUGGUUCAACUAGUGGGCUGGACCCUGCAGUAAUGCCUUCUCGUCUUGUGACUGAUGAUGAUCUCAAGUCCUUCUGCCAAGCUAUGAAGGUUUACGAGUCAUCAAAUGUAAAAAGUGUAAAGGUGAAUGUGAGGAGGAAGGGUGAACUUGGGGGUCUUGAUACACAGCAUUAUGGAAGGGGUAAACGAGCUCGUGAGGUUCGCUCUUAUGAGGACCAAUGGACUGAAGAAGAAUUUGAAAAACUUUGUCAAGCUGAUUCUCCCGAAUCACCCCAACCUGGUGGUGUGUCAAAGGAUUUGGAUAUUUCUAAGGGCAUAAGCAUUAAGCCUGAAUUACCUGCUGAAAGCUUAAAAGAACCAGAACAAAUGAGGAAGGUUGCAUCCCCAGCUGUUGGGGAUUCCCCACCAGCUAAACGGCGGAGAGGCAGACCUAGAAGAUCAGAUGUUUUAUUAUCUCCCACUACAGCUCCAACUGAUGCUUGCAAACAAGAGACGGGAACCACACAUGUUUGCAGUUCUGCUACACCAGCAAGUACCGUCUAUAUUGGUGCACCUGCUACUCCCAUCCAUUCUGCUGCUUCAAAUGUUAACGCACAUUCUAUUUCACCUGCUGAUAUCAUCAAAUCAGAGGUUGGUACUGAAGUUAAGCCUUCCAGUUUUGUUGCUGUUUCGGAAGGAUCUGUAGCAAAGGAAGUUGUUACACCAGUACAGAGUGUUUAUGAUCUAGCAGCUCCUGCAGCACCUAAUCUACCAGCUAGAGGCAGGAAAGCCCAAGCAGGAGAAACACCUCGCAGACGAGGCCGAAAACCGAAAUCUCUAACUUCAUCUAGUGUAGAUGAUGUUAAUCUUAACCCUGAGGUUGCAGUUAGUGGAGGAGCAGACACUACUUGUGUUUCUUCAUAUCCUCAAGGGAAUAUGCCCUCAUCACAAGUGAGUACUGUAGCAGAAUUGCAGAAGGAUUUGGUCACAGUUAAACUGGAUACAUUGUUGCCAGAGAGAGGUAAGGGUAUUUCUCCCCUUGUUCAUGAAGGGGAUAAAGGUGCAAGGGUUACUACACCUGUGGCAAAAGAUAUAUGUGCUGGUACUGUGAUAACCUCAGACAACACUAUCACACCGGCGCCAAAUACUCUUAAUGAAAACGUUGGAUUGGUUCAAGUGACACCUGCACCUACUAUGCCUGUGGUUUCAGAAGGGUUAUUGAAAACAUCACAUGUUGCAGUGGAGGAUAAGCCUGUCGAGAAGCAAGCUGCUCCACGUCGCCGAAGAAAGAAAACAUCUGGUAGUGAGGAUACUGGAGUCAGCACUAGGCAAAGAUCAGCUAUGAAGAAAUCUUAUUAUAGUACCUCUCUUACCAGUGAUGAAGCCGGUUCUGACAUGAUCUCAAGUGAGAAACCAGGAAUAUUGAAGAAAAGUGAUGUCAGUUCACUUCAAUAUAGUUCUAAUGAGUUACCAAAUAUAAACUCUCCAUUGUACGAGAAGUCUGGAUAUGAUUCUCAACCAAGUACACCCAUAGCUGUUCCCAUCAAUGAAGCUACACUUCCUAGUGGUUUCAACGAUACCCAUGCUACUCAUCCUGAAACAAUUCCUGCCGAAGAAUCUGCCAAUCCAGCUGUCCAAGAUAAACCAGUGGAUUUGCACUUUGAAGCACCUGUUCCUGUUGCUUCCCAAAAGCAAGCACAACACAAGACAGGGAAGGACCAUUUGGCAGUGUGCUCUGGAGUCCCUGCUAGUCAUUUUGAAAUGGUUACCACAAAUCCUGCUAGUGAUCAUAAACCAGCAAGUGCUCAGUUUGAACCAUCUGCUUCCUUGCUUCAGAAUUCAGGUAAGGACGCCGCUGCACUUCCUUCUGAGGUUGACAGUGCUGCUCCAAAUAAGGCACCAGGUAGGAGGAGGAAAGGGUCAGCUCGGGAACCACGCUCCAGAAGUAAUUCUGCAACAGUUGCAUGUGAACGUCGUGCUCGACUCGCUGGAGCGAAGCAGACAGAUGAUUUGAAAAGGUUAGAGGUAUCAGCAAGUCCAACUACAACAGAGUGUGUUUCAUCAAUCGAGCAACAGGGAGCUGGCUCUUUAAGAGCCAAGAUUACUAGUGCUUCUGUUUGUGAAGCAGAGGAUAAUCCUGGGAGUCAUGUGUCUAGUGACAUUAAAAUUCCGGUGGGGGUUCAUGUGUCAGACGCAGCAUGUACUGAACAAACAACUUCCACAAUGAUAACUAAAACUCCUGCGGUGGUUGAAUCAGAAGAAAGAACAUUUGCUGGAGGUGAUUUGCAAGGUAUUGAGGUUAAUAGUUCAAAACCAGAAGCAAAGAUGGUUUCAGCUGUGGGACCAGCACCUGCAAAUGAAGAACACAUGCAAGGCACUGAGGAUAAUAGUUCAGAGCAACAAACCAAGAUGGUUUCAGCUACAGAACUAGCACCUGCAAAUGAUGAAAAACACAUGCCAGGUACUGAAACUAAUAAUUCAGAACAACAAACAAAGAUGGUUUCAGUUGCAGAACCAGCACCUGCAAAUGAUGUACACAUGCAAGGUAUUGAGGUUAAUAGUUCAGAACAACCAAAAGAGAUGGUUUCAGCUGCGGAACCAGUACCUUCAAAUGAUGAACAAAACAUGGUGCAUGAAGUACAUCUUAAGACUACUGAUGAUAAUAUACCUCUCUCUAGUGCGGCGAUGGGCAUAAGUCAGGAUGAAAUUGAUAGGAGUGCUGCUUGCCAGUCAGGUGCAGCAUGUACUGAGGAAACUGCAAGGGAGUCUGAUGCAUCACUACCAGACAGCAAAACCCCUUGUGAUGCCUCAGAUAAAUACACUGCUGACUCCACCAAAGAUGAUGAUAAUGACUCGCGCAGUGAAGGUACUUCUGUUGAUUUGGCUGGUUCGAAGCAAGAGGUUGUGAAAGUUGAAGGCAAUGAGAUUGAUAAUAUUUCUAGGGGUUCUUGUCAUUUGCCUGCUUCUUUACAAUCAAAUCAGCCUGCUGAACAGGAGAAUUUAGAGAGUAGCGGCUUUAAAUUUACAUCUGAGAAGAAACAGGUGAAAAUGGAAGAAACAUUGGGUAAGAGUGCUGGUGACAGUCAAACUAAUCAGGCAAAUGAAGCUUCCCAUGAUACAGCUUUAGGAAGAUAUUGUCCUUCGGAAUACUCGAAUGAGGAUGGUUCUGCUCAAGUAGAUGGUGGUACAUUGGGAAUUAAAGGAACUACUGUUGAAGUUUGUGCUGCCAUGAAUACCGAUGGCUCUGAGGAAGCUCAAGAUGCUUCGUCCACCUGUUCUGAUAAAGAGGCCAGCAUGGUAGAAGUUGGUGUGUCUACCGAAGGUACUACCACUGUUUGCAAAGUACACAUUGAUCUUGAGAGUCAUGUUUCUUAUGAAGAAAUUCUGGUUAGGACUGGUGAUGACAACCCAACCCAUAGUCAUAUAAAUGAUGAUUCUAAUAAUACAAACGAGGACACCGUUGUUAAUCUUCUUGACACUUCACGACAACCAAUGGAAGAUACCGCCGCUACUCUUCCAGAGAAUUCUGAUUUGAACCUGCAAAGUUGCACCUUGCAUUUUGAAAAUGAUGCUCCUGCAACUACACUGACGACAAUUGAAUCUGAUAAAGGUACUGGUGAUGCUGAGAUUGUUUGUGCUGGCACGUUAGAAUCUUCUGGUAUUGCGAUUGAAACAGUGGGUAUCCAAGAGACUACAGUUGCUGAUCACGAGGGAACAGAAGUAACAGGUGAUUUGAAUGACAAAAGUGGCAGUCCACGACGUGAUGCAUAUUCCAUGAUAGGUAUUGUGUGUGAAAAAACACCCACUGGAGAAGAUCUUACUGUCGGUAACCAUUCAGCCAAUACGCUUGAACUUGCUGCUGUAGAACCAACUCAAGAGGAUACCGUUCCAAACAAAGAGGAGAUCAUUGACACAGUAGUCAUUACGCAUGACUGCAACACAGAACCCUAUGUUGAUGCUGCUGUUGCUAGAGGAGCAGAACCAACAGAAGAAACAGUUCAUUCUGCUGAAGAGCAUCCUUCUGUAGCUGAACUUGCUGAGACACAGACAACGCCAACUAUUUGUGGUCCGAUGCAAAAUGAAUCUGUUCAGACAGCAGGGUUGGAAAAUGACUGCUCCGGAUUAAAGAAUGGUGCUACUGCCUCAUCUGAGCAUGUUGUUGUAGCACCUGAACCAAUAGAUGAAACUUCUGUUCUGCAAGUGGAACCAGGUGCAACAAAUUCAGAUGGGUACUGCACAGCAGAGGACGGCGGUGCUUCAUCUGAAAGUGUCAUGGAAUUGGACGGAAAUGAAGAUAUUGCUGUUCCUAUGCAAGAGGAUAUUGCAGAAGCUAACGGUACCAUUGCUGCUCGUGAAGCAUGCAAGGAUCCUGAGAGUCACACAUCUGGUGACGUGUCAAUGACAGUACAACCAUCAGAGCUCAAUUCGGUAUCUGCUAUUCUGUCUGAUGCAGCAAAUAUAAGCAUGCAGGCUCCUGUAUUACCUGAAUCUAGAGAAAAAGGAUCACCUAGAGGUGAUUUCGAUUGUACAGAACAAACUGAGAUGGCUUCAGCUGCAGAACUAGCACCUACAAAUGAUGAAGAACACAUGCAAGGUACUGAAGUUGAUAGUUCAGAGCAACAAACAAAGAUGGUUUCAGCUGUGGAACCAGCACCUGCAAAUGAUGAACAUGUGCAAGCUACUCUUUCUCACACGCAUGUGCCCCCAUACACAAGCACCGUAGUUUUUGCUCCAGAUGAGAAGAGUAGUACUGAGGUUUAUAGUUCAGAACAACGAACAAAGAUGGUUGCAACUGCAGAGAUUGAGAAAGUGGGCGACCAGGAUACUGCCAUUGUUGAUCAUGAGGGAACAAGAGGAACAGGUGACCUGAAUGAAAUGAGUACACAGGCUCCUGCAAUACCUGGAAGCGACCUGCAUGGUGAGGCACAUAGUUCAGAACAAAUGAAGAUGGUUUCAGGUGCUGAACCAGCUUCUACACCAGGUGUUGAUGUUAAUAGUUCAGAACAAACAAAAACAGUUUCAUCUGUAGAGACUGAAACAGUGGAUGCCGAGGAGACUGAUGCAAGUGAAGAGGCAUUUCAAAUUCUCAAGCAUGAUCAUGAGGGAACAAGAGGUACAAGUGAUCUGAAUGACGUAACCACACAUGCUCCUGUAUUAGCUGAAUGUGGAGGAAAAGGAUCACCUGGAAAUGACUUGCGUGGUAUUGAGGCUCAUAAUUCAGAACCACUAAAGAUUGCUUCAGCUGCAGAACCAGCAUCUACUCCAGAUGUUCAAGGACGCCACAUGCAUGAAGUGCAUCGUACAACAGGUGAUGGCUCUAUGUUUUCGUCUAGCGGGGAACAACGCACAUUGCGAGAUAACAUCUGUCGCGACACUGAUGUGGAUAUGCCCACUUGUCAAAGAAAUGCGGAGUUUGAGGGUGAUAAGGACCAUUCUACUGAGAUUGUUUUAGAAGGCAUGCAAGCCCCUUGUGAUGCCUCAGACAAGGACAAUUCUACCAAUCCUACUGCAACUACCCUAGUGAAGGCUGAUUCUGAUAAAGAUACCGGUGACACGGAAAUUGUUUGUGCUGGUAAUUUAGAAUCUUCUGUUGGUGGUGAGAUUGGAACAAUUAGUUUACAGGAGGCUGCUGCUGCUGCUGAUCAUGAGGGAACACGAGGAAUAGGUGAUCUGAAUGACAUAAGCCCUGGAUCUGGAGAAAAAGGAUCACCUGGGAGAGACUUGCAUGGUAUUGAGGCACAUGGUUCAGAGCAAAUUAAGAUGCUUUCAGCUGCACAAGCGCCAUCUCAUCUGGCUUUAGUUGGAUAUUCUUCUUCAGAAGAUUCAAUGGAGGAUGAUUCUGCCCAGGUAGCUGAUAGUGGUGAUUUAUUGGAAAAUAAAAGAGCUAGUUUUGAUGUCCAAGAAACCACCUCUACUCUUCCAGAGAAUACUGAUAUGAAUUGGCAGAGCUGCUCCUUGCAACCUGGGAACAAUUCUCUUGCAACUACCGCAGUGACGGCUCAACCCAAUAAAGAUAUCAGUGCUGCUGAAAUCAUUUGCGCUGGCAAGAUAGAAUCUUCUAGUGGUAUUGAGAUUGAAACAGUGGGUGUCAAAGAGACUGCCAUUGCUGAUCAGCAGGGAACAGAAGAUCCUAAUGAGGAAAGUGGUAGUCCGCAAUGUGAUGAUGACCGUUGUACAUCAUGUUCCACAUUAGGUGUUGUGUGUGAAAAAGCACCUAGUGGAGAAGGGCUUAUUGUGUAUGGCUAUUCAGAAGUGCCCACUUCAGUCGAACUUAUUGCUGUAGAACCAACUCAAGAAGCUACCAUUCCAAACCAAGAGAAAAUUGUUAUCUGUGACAAAUCACCUAGUGAAGAAGAGCUUACUACGGGUAGCUGUUCAGAAGUGCCCACUUCAGUGGAACUUGUUGCUGAAGAAUCAACUCCAGAAGCUACUAUUCCAAACCAAGAAGACAUCAUAGAUGCUGUGGGCUCUAAGCAAGAACGCGACAGUACAUCCAGUGCUGCUGCUAGAGGAGCAGAACCAACUGAAGUGGUUCAAUCUGCUGAAGAGCAACAUGUUUUAUUCGAACUAGUUGAUUCACAAGCAAAGCCUGGUGAUAUCUGUGGUCCUAUGCAAGAGUCCAUCAGUGUAGCAAGCUUGGAAGGUGAUGGCUCAGAACCGAAAGAUUUUGGCCCUGCCGCCUCGACUGAACAUGUUCCAGAACCUGAGCAAAUUGAUGAAGCUUUUGUUGUUCAAGUUGAACUUGGGGCAACGAAUACAGGGGAUGGAUGUGCAGCAGAGGAGCAAGGUGGUGCUUCAUCUGAAGCUGUUAUGGAAUCAGAGCCUGUUCAAGAAAUUGUUGUUCCUAUGCAAGAGGAUGGUGCAGAAGCUAAUGAUACUGCUACCGCUUGUGAGGUAAGCAAAGAUCCUGAGGGUCAUGCAUCUGGUGAAGUGUUAAUGGCAGUAGAGAGAGUUCCUAUGCAAGAGGAUGGUGCAGAAGGUACUGGGAGUUAUGCUUCUGAUGAGUUGUCAAUGGCAGUAGAGUCAUCAGCGCUCAAGUCAGAAGUGCUGAACCAAUCAGUUGACUUUCAAGGGUUGAAAGAAGGUAUGUUGUUGGCUGAUCCUAAGGUGCAUUGCACUAAAUCAAUGCCAAGUACAGCCCAGCCUGAUGCUGCAGCUGAUCUUCCCGUUAUAGAGAGAGCGGAGGUGCUAAACACCAAGCCUGCACCUGGUGGUAAAGAUGCAAAACUUGGUGAAGUUGACACCGAACAUCAGUCGCUACCUUCAUCAGGUGAGAUUGUGGUAGACACAUCUUGUGAGCCACCCGACAAAGAGGGAAAGGAGUCUCCAAGCACUGACCCUUCAGGAAAUGAUGAAAAUGCAAAGACGGGAACGGCUCCUGCUGCCCAGGGACUGCUAAACACCGAAACUGCUCCUGGUGGUGAAAAUGCAGAACUUGGUGAAGCUGGCACGGAACAAACACCUGUAAAUGAACACAUGCAAGGUAUUGAGCUUAAUAAUUUAGAACCUAGAAAGAUGGUUUCAGAUGCGGAACCAGCACCUUCAAACGACGAACAACACAUAGUGUGUGAACCAACAGAGAUGGUUUCAGCUGCGGAACCAGCUGCUCUAGUAGAGACAGCUGAUGUGCUAGAGACCGAGCCUGUGCCUUGUGGUGAAAAUGCAAAACUUGGUGAAGCUGACACCGAACAGCAACUGCUACCUUCAUCUGGUGAGGCUAUGGUAUCUAGCGAGCCGCCCAGCCAAGAGGAAAAGGUGGCUCCAAGCACUGACCCUUCGGGAAAUGAUGAAAAUGCAAAGACUGGAAAGGCCGCCGCCGCCCAGGUACUGCUAAACACCGAAUCUGCUCUUGGUGCUGGCUCAGAACAGCAGCAAUUGCUACCUUCAUCUGGUGAGGUUGUAAUAGCCACAUCUAGCGAGCUGCCCAGCGAAGACCGAAACGCUCCAAGCACUGACCCUUUGGAAAAUGAUGAUAAUGCAAAAUCAGAAAAGGCUGUUGCUGUUCAGGAAUUGUUACCCUCCAACGUUGGAUGUACGCAUGAAGUGGAUGGAGAUGCAACCCUCACGUUGUCAACUGCUGGACAGACUGAAGGUACUCCGGAUCUGUCACUGCCGUCUCCAAGAGGACAAGAUGAGCAUGCUAGGACGGAUGGAAAUGGAAUAUAAACCAUGCAAACAUUGUAUAUACAAAACAUUAAGAGUCUGUGUACGUAAGAAUUGCUAUUACUGCUCUAUUUGUAGUUAUUGCAUGCUUCUGCUAAAAUCGUCUCAGUUCCUCCUGGUGCUGAAAUACAGUGAUGGUAGAGCAUGGCAGUUCACAUA